UAGCUGUGGGAAAACUCAUGUCAGACAGAUCUGAGCCUCUUUCUCGUGUCACGCAUAAUCCACUAGGAAGCAGACGAGCUGGGCAGCAGGAUACCCAGCAAGGCCAUGCAAGAGAAUAUGCUUCAUGGAUGUAAUCCUCUUGCUGAGACGGGUCGGAGCAAACUACAAAAUCAAAGAGCUGUUCUAAAUCAACAGAUUCUAAAAGCAGUGAGACUGAGAGCUGGUGCUGAAAAUCUUUUACGAGCUACCACCAACAACAAAGUACGAGAACAGGUACUACUGGAAUUAAGUUUUGUAAACUCUGACCUGCAGAUCUUAAAGGAGGAAUUAGAAGGACUUAAUAUCUCAGUAGAGGUUUAUCAAAAUACAGAGGAGACUUUCAGCAUUCCCUUGGUACCUCUUGGCCUGAAGGAAACUAAAGAAGUAGAUUUUACUGUCGCCCUGAAGGACUUCAUUCAGGAACAUUAUAGCGAAGAUGGUUCUGAAUAUGAAGAUGAAAUAGCAGAUCUCAUGGAUCUGAGACAAGCCUGCCGUACUCCCAGCCGAGAUGAAGCUGGUGCUGAGAUGCUGAUCAGCUAUUUUCUUCAACUUGGUUAUGUAGAAAACAGAUUUUUUCCACCCACCAGGCACAUGGGGAUUUUAUUUACAUGGUAUGAUUCCUUCACAGGUGUCCCAGUGUGCCAGCAAAAUCUGUUGCUUGAAAAAGCAAGUAUUUUAUUUAAUAUUGGAGCCCUCUAUACCCAGAUUGGUACAAGAUGCAAUCGUCAGACCAAGAGUGGACUUGAAAAUGCAGUUGACGCUUUUCAGAGAGCAGCAGGAGUCCUGAGCUACUUAAAGGAGACCUUCACUCACACGCCAAGCUAUGACAUGAGCCCAGCUAUGCUCAAUGUACUAGUCAAAAUGAUGCUCGCCCAAGCUCAGGAGUGCGUCUUUGAGCAGAUCAGUCUCCCCGGGAUACGCAAUGAGUUCUUCACGCUAGUGAAAAUGACACAGGAAGUUGCAAAGGUUGGAGAGGUUUACAUGAUGGUAAACACUGCAAUGAAUCAAGAACCAGUCAAGGAGAAUAUCCCUUAUUCCUGGUCUAAGCUGGCACAAAUAAAAUCAGACCAUUACAAAGCUCUAGCGCAUUACUUCAUUGCCACUAUCCUGUGUGACCAUGAGUUGCAGUCCAGUGAUGAUGAAGAUCAGCAGGAGAAAGCCUUGUCCCAGUUGUAUGACUACAUGCCAGAAGGACUGAUGGUUCUCACCAUUUUAAAGGACAAAGGGCAGAGAAAACAAUUAGGGAAAGCACAUUUACGCAAAGCCAUCGUUUACCAUGAAGAAGCUCUAAGAGUCUGUGGUCUGUGCAAAAAGCUUCGAAAUAUUGAUAUUCUCCAAGAGGUCCUGACAGCCGCACACAAGCGCUCGCUUCUCAAAUACGCUCAGCAGGACAAGGAAGAUGACUUCCUCAGUCUGAUCCAAGCUCCAGAUAUCCUUCCUAAAACAGAACAGAAAGUAGAAGCAGUGGUUCCCCAGUUUUCUAAGGUGAAAAUUAAGGACUUCUUUCACAGGCUGGGCCCGCUGUCCGUGUUCUCCGCCAAGCAGCGGUGGACGGCGCCGCGCACCAUUCGCUGCCGCUGCGCAGCAGGAGAGCUGGGAUUCAGCCUGAAGGGAGGCUCGCCUGUCCAGGCUUGCUGUCUUGAUCCAGUCUGUUCUGCAGCAUUGAUGGGCCUAAAAGAAGGUGACUACAUUGUUUCAGUUGGUGGUGUGGAUUGCAAAUGGCUUGGAGUGAAUGAGGUCCUGGAAAAAAUUAAAAGCCUGGGAGAGCAACCCAUUGAGAUUGAGGUUAUCAGUUGCCAAGAUACAACCUCUUCUAUGCAUAACAAGAGUGCAACUUAUUCUGUCGGAAUGCAGAAGACCUACUCCCUAAUCUGCUUAGCCAUGGAAGAAGAUAAGAUUGAUCGGACCAAGAAAGCCCCACCAAAACUGCCUUUUCUAAGCUGGGGAACUAAAAAUCGACAGAAAGCUGCAAGUACUCUUUGCCUUCCUUCAGCUGUGGCUGGAAGUUCCCCGAUAAAGAAGAAGCUCUCUCCCUUCACACUCCUGAAUACAGAAAGUUCAUUGUACUGAAACUUUCAGAAGGAUCCAUUCAACAUGAAGUUUUAAAAAUGUAUAUAAAAUAUAUUGAUAUCAUCUUUAUACAUGCAUUUGUAAAUUCAGACAACUGUUGACUUCCUUUACUGUGUAUUUGAACCACUAUAAAGGUCAGAGGCUGUCAAAAACUGUUAAAACUUGCAUUUAAAUUUGGAGAUCUAAAAAAGUAGUUUGGGAGGUACUGAAUAAUUUUCUUAGAUGGGGACUGGAUUCCUUUGGAAUUUCAAUGUAUUCUAUAAUAAGUAACUUUUAUAGCUAUUACAGAUGAGUUAUUUAUUACAAACUUUGAUGCUGCAUGCAGAAUAGGGAACACUUUGAAGGAUGAUUUGAAGGACUGUAAAAGUUUAGAAAUUGAGCAAUAAAUCAUUUAAAACUAAUUAUCUAAUGAGAAACUGCACUGGAGAGAAAGUAUAUAUUCACAGAAAGCAGCCUUUUGCCAAGGGGAGAAGGAUCCAACUGCUUCCGUGCACAGACAUUUCUGAGAUUACUGAAUGGAUUCUGUUAAAUAGUAGUUAAGUUCAUGCUGGAAAAGAAUUAGAAAGCUUAAAAGUCAAAAGACCUUUCAAACUACAAAAGACUUCGACCCCGCUCUCUUCCUGAUCUAGGUUACAAUUCUAAUGCCUGCUUAUUCCAUUGUUAAACACAGGCUUAAUUUCAAAUUUGGAAUAAUUUGACUUAAUGCAAUAUUGUAUUUCAUUAAUCUGGAUAAAAUUGAUAGUGUAGAACAAAUUUCUAAAGUGAAGUAUUCUUGUUCUGAAGUAUUAAUCCAAAGUACAUAAAGCGGUGAUACUCUCAGAACAUGAGAAAAAGGUGUCUGGAAAUCUGUAAGUUGAAGGGUAUUUAGUACAGGGCCCAGUACAACCCUUAGGGAUACAAAAUUCUCCCCUUGGAACCAUUUGUGAGGAAUUAUUUGCUAUGUCCAUUAAAAAGAGAAAAAAACAGAGGCAUCAAAGGGCUGGCUAUGCAGGUACUCCUUUUUUGAGAUUCUAUUUUCUGAUUAAUUGAAAAUUGCUAACACUGUAGUGUUAGUUAAAGAUGCUAUCUACAGAGUAGAUAUAUGCUGUUUGAUACUCAAAACUUAAAAUUACGGGAAAGUU